AUGUUACCGCCGUACCACCGCAGCUCCAAAGAGAGGUUCUCUGUGUCCUGCCUGCCCAAGUGCAUCAUGGGAUCUGAAGUCCUGUUGUUGUUGGUGUCACUGGUGAUGUCGUCAGUGCAGAGCAAUGACUGUCCGCUGCAGUGUGUGUGUGAGACCAGACCAUGGUACACUCCCCAGUCCGUCUUUCAUCAGGCCAACACUGUAGACUGCAACGAACUGCACCUCCAGAGGGUUCCAGCAAAUGUCUCCACUGAUACUCAGGUGCUCCUGCUUCAGAGCAACAACAUCUCCUCCAUUUCCUUUGAGCUCAGGAGUCUGACAAACCUGACGGAGCUGGACCUGUCUCAGAACCACAUCUCCCAGGUCUCUUCUCUGGACCUCUCCUCUCUGACCCGCCUGGUCACAUUGUACCUGGAGGAGAACCGGAUUGAGGUUCUGCCAGACUUUGGUCUCAGGAACCUGUCGAGUUUAGAAGAACUUUACAUCAACCACAAUCAGAUCAGGACUAUCGAGACCUGGGCCUUCAGCGGACUCACCAGCUUGCUCCGAUUGCACCUAAACUCCAAUCAGCUGGAAUCCAUUGACAGUCGCUGGUUUGAUUCCCUGCCUGCUCUUGAGAUCCUGAUGCUGGGGGAAAACCCGGUCUUAGUGCUGAAAGAGGGCUCUUUCCAGUCCUUACCUCGACUCCACAGUCUGGUUCUGGCUUCCAUGGGUCUGCAGUCGGUGUCUCCCAAAGCCUUCGCUGGACUGGACUGUCUGGAGAGUCUUUCCUUCUACGACAACAAACUCAGUUCAGUCCCUCGAGAUGCUUUGAAAGUUCUUCCAAACCUGAAAUUCUUGGACCUGAAUCGAAAUCCCAUCAGUAGAAUCCAGCAGGGAGACUUCCAGGACCUGCUGCACCUCCAGGAGAUCAGUUUGAACAACAUGGAGCAGCUGCAGAUGGUGGAGCCAAACUCCUUCCAGAACCUUCCAGAACUUAUCAAAGUGGAAAUGUGCAACAACAUCCACCUGUCUCACCUGCAUCCUCACACCUUUAGUGGCGUCCCAUGGCUUCGCUCGCUCAUGCUACACAGCUCUUCUCUGUCCUUCCUCUCCCCCUUGCUGCUCUCCUCUCUGCCCUCUCUCAAAGAGCUCUCCGUCCACUCAAACCCUCUGCGCUGUGACUGCCUCCACACUUGGGCUGUUCACCUGGGAAACUCCUCUCACCUGACGCUGCUGGAGCCCACCCUCACUGUAUGCCACGCCCCCCUGCACCUGAUUGGCCGACAGCUGCAGGAAGUGGUGAUGUCGUCAGGGGGCGGGGUCAGCACCUGUUUGCCACAGAUCUCGUCCAAUGUGUUUCCUUCGGUGAUAAACGUCAGCGAGGGGCAGCCUAUCACCAUAGAGUGCUGGGCGGACGCUGACCCCACCCCUCAGUUCUACUGGGUCACCCCCACUGGAGACAAGGUGAGCUCCGAGGCCAUGGCUGCUCCAAUCGUAUCGCAGGAGGAGCCAGAGGGUCAGGGCUUAGGCAGCGCAAAGCAGAAAAAACAUCGUCUCCUGGAACCUGGGGCUUUAUUCAUUGACCAUGCGGACGCCUCAGAUACAGGGACUUACACCUGUGUGGCCUGGAAUGCAGAGGGAGCUGACACCAAGAGUCUGUCUGUGGUGGUGGAGCUCCAGGGCCCGGGGAGGACCACAAACUCCAAGGCCAGUCAGUCAUGGCUGGGUGGCAACAACAGCAGUCCUGCCUCUCUGGUGGUUCUUACAAAGGUGGUGCACUCUCAGUCUGUGGUUCUGGAGUGGAAGCUGCAUUUCAAAAAACCCAAACAAGACCAGAACCAGGAACAAGACCCGACUGGAACCCUGCCUCGAUUCACUACAGCCAUGGUCCACAUCCACAACCCACACAUCAGCUACACUGCCAAGGUUCCAGCAGAUGUUCAGGAGUACAACCUCACUCACCUCCUCCCCUCCACACUCUACCACAUUUGCCUGACCAUCUCCUCAGCGCCGCCCCACUCGCCAAGCCCCGUCCCCUCCCACACUUCAUGCCUGAACGUCACCACAAAGGGCAUUGACUUCGACUCUGACGCCGCGGAGGUGGUAGGGUGUCGUGAUGGCAGCUUGACGUUGGCAGCGAUUUUGGGCUCCAUGUUUGCGCUGUGUAUCAUGGCGCUGUUACUGUUUUACAUGAAGCGUCGGAGGUUGGUUAACCCUUCGCAAAACCACGUCCAAACGCUAAAGAAAUGUAUGCAGCACAGCACGUCCAUCCCUCUGAACGAGCUGUACCCGCCUCUCAUCAUGUUAUGGGAGAGUGAGGCGGAGAAGGACAAAGAGGAGAAAGAGGAGGAGCGCAGGGAGGAGGGGCACAUCAACACCACAAAGACAACGUACAUGUGGUAGCAAUGGGACAGAGACUCUACAUGAGCCAAGGACCUGAACGCACACGCACUGAACUCAAGAGUGUGCACCUUUUUUAUUCACUGUUCUGAGCCUGCUCUUUCACACUGGAAACCUUACUAUUAA